AUUGGACGCAAUGCCGAACAAAGUUAAAGCACUUAAAGUCAGCAUAUAAGAAGCACAAAGAUAACUUAUCGCGAUCUGGGGCCGGAAGAUGCAAGCAGCCCAAAUAUUUUGAAAUGAUGGACAGUUUUCUUGGUGAUCGUCCUGAAGCCGAAGGACUAGAAAACAGCAUCGACUCAUCCGGUGACGCUCUUCCAUCGGGUUCGGUUUCAGACAUUUCAGAUGCAGAAGACGACCUAGUGCAGAAGUAUGGCGAGGGGAAGAUGAUUGAAAAGCAAUGCCCUGAGUGUUACGAAAAGUUUGAAUUGAGGACAGCUGGCACACACACUGGUAAUAACAAUACCUUGGCAGUAUUCUGUGACGAUGACCAAAUGGUGUGCCCGUACUGUAAUUACACAGAAGUUGAUCAGGAUGGUGAAAAUAAGGAAUCAACCAGCGGAAUUGAGAAGCUUACAACUCCUGCACCUACCAACGAUAAAGAUGGCAAAACAACAACAUCCAGUAAACGUAAAUGGAAGAAAGAAAAACCCUCGAAAAUGCAAGAUGCAUUUGGAAAUGCAAUUAAAGAGCACACUACUUGUAUGCAAGAAUCAGACAAGAAAUUCUUGUCUGAAAUACGGGAACAAGCAGAAAAAGAAAGAGAAUUACGGAAAGAGGAGCUUGGUACCUUUAAAGAUGCAAUGGCACUUCUUGCAAGUGCCGUUGCAGGAAGAGCACAACCAGUGUCAACCACCUUUCCACCCUAUACCUUUGCAACAUGA